GCGCAAGCCAAUCUGAGGCCCCAAUCCACGAGGUCCGGCGCGGCCCAACCCCUCCCCCAAGUCUCAUGUCCACCCUUGCGCGCGCGUGUACAAAAAGCGGCUCGUCCCCACUCCAGCGGACACGUCUCCUGCCUCUAGAUCCAAGCUAACGGACCACUGCUGUCAUUGCUGCCUGGGACCGGGAGCAAGAGAACGACGACGAAGAGAUCGGCUGAACAAGAGGGUCGCGUAGAGCCAUGCUUGCGAGCGCGACGAGGGCAGGGACGUCGUCCACCAAGCCCGGCCUCGCGGAGGGCGCCGUCCGCAGAGCCAGAGCCAGAGCCAGAGCCGGAGACGGCGGCAGCGGCACCCCCAUCGUCGUCACCGAUGCCGGGCAGGAGGUCACCGUCUCGCAGUUCGUCGCGCAGCUAGAUGAGGCGGCCCGGCGGAGGCUGGACAGCAUGCACCAGAGGCUGAGGCUGCUGGAGCAGCAGAUGGAGACGCUGGAGGCCGAGGUCGGCAAAGCCAGCAGCAGUAGAAUUGACACCUACGCCUAGUUAUUAGUAGUUACUUUGCUAGGCUCCUGGCAACAUCGAUCCAGCAGCAGACCGCAGUCCACAGAUAUUUUUUUCUCGAUUAAACCUUUCUCAUGUACAUGUAUAAGCGAUUAUGGAUUAUGAUCCAAAUACUUCCUCACAAAGUAGGACUCUAAAUAAAUUUUAGUUCAAAAAUGAAUAGAAAAGAGACACGAUUUUAAUCCGAUCCUUAAAUUUUAUAUUGUAAAAUUUAAAACGUAUUGUCACCCAUAUGUACAUGAGCGAUGAUUAAUAAUAUAUAUGAUUGACAAUAUA